CAAAGGGGAAGAUUGACUGACUAGUAGGUGAGAGACAUUCACAUUCAUUCAUACAAGGAAAGCACCCCCUUUCACUGCAACAUUUUGAGGUGGCUAGAAGAAGGAAAUACAGUCCAGUCCUACUACGUUACGUUUCUGGGAUGAGUUUCUUGUCUCCGGGACCCCUUUCUUCUGCUUCUUCCGUUUUCAGCGUGGCUGCCGGAGUUGCAGGGAAUGUAUUUGCAUUUGUGUUGUUCGUAUCGCCCAUACCAACAUUCAAGAGAAUAAUCAGAUGCCACUCAACAGAACAGUUUUCUGGAUUACCUUAUAUCUAUGCUCUGUUGAAUUGCUUAAUAUGUCUUUGGUAUGGCACGCCAAUUGUGACUCCGGGCAUCAUAUUGGUUUUCUCUGUGAAUUCCAUUGGAGCCGUUUUCCAGUUAGUUUAUAUCAGCAUCUUCAUCAUAUAUGCAGAUGCGGCAAAAAAAGUUAAAAAUGAUGGGGUCGGUUCUGGGCAUUUUAGCUGUAUUUGCGCUUAUAGCUUCUGUCAGCCUGUGUAUAUAUGAGCCUCCGGGUAGACAGAUUUUCGUCGGAUGUUUGUCUGUCCUUUCUCUCAUCUCCAUGUUCGCUUCUCCGCUCUUUAUCAUUAAUAUGGUGAUCAAGACGAGAAGUGUGGAAUACAUGCCAUUUUAUCUCUCACUUGCUACCUUUCUGAUGAGCCUUUCUUUUUUUGUCUAUGGGCUGUCCGUGCAUGAUAUAUUUAUUUCUGCCCCAAAUGGGAUUGGAGCAAUUCUUGGGGUUGUACAGUUGGUUUUGUACUUUUGGUACAGUGAAAGAUCCCAGGAUGAGUCAAGAAGGAAGCUGCUAGAGUCUUGUGCAUGAAAAACAACUGCUGUUGGCAAUCAAAAUCCGAUUUGUUCCUGGAACCACAUAGUUCCUCCCCCGGAUUUUUUUUACUUUGGCAGAGCCUGUGAAACGGUGUGGGAUAGUGAUGCAAACAAAAUGCAAAUGUGUUGUACUUGUGCUCUAGGAGUCGACCAUGCAGCUCUAGAGUGUAAUAAUAUAUACAGAGUAUCUGUGAACACAUGGAUAAGAACUGAUUGAAAGCUCACAUUUAAACGUUGCGGAUUCCCAGCUGAGUUCAUUCUGUAACACUAUCAAUCCCCUUCCCUGUCACACUUUUUCCUUUGGUGCAGUGUGUUCUUGCCUUCUCUUGGUGUUUGUACCAUUGGGUUCCUG